CUCCCCACCCUUUCCUGAGCUGGCUGCUUAAGGGCUGGUAUAAAGGACUUGUUUCCUGGUGAAAAAGCAGAAGGAGAUUUUUAGCCACAGACGGGUCAUGAGCCCGGUGUUACUGCUGGCCCUCCUGGGGGUCACCUUCCCACUGCCAGGAGUGCAGGCGCUGCUCUGCCAGUUUGGGACAGCUCACGACGUGUGGAAUGUGUCCGAGUUGCCCCUGCACUGGACCCCUAAGGAGAUCAGCUGUGACAGCGGCUUGGGGUGCCAGGACACCAUGGUGCUCAUUGAGAGCGGACCCCUAGCGAGCAUGGUGCUCACCAAGGGCUGCACUGAGGCCAAGGACCAGGAGCCCCGCGUCACUGAGCACCGAAUGGGCCCCGGCCUCUCCGUGGUCUCCUACACCUAUGUGUGCCGCCAUAAGGACUUCUGCAACAACCUAGUUACCACUGCCCCGCUUUGGACCCCGCAGCCCCCAGCAGAGCCAGGAUCCUUGAGGUGCCCAGUCUGCUUGUCUAUGGAAGGCUGUCUGGAGGGGACAACAGAAGAGAUGUGCCCCAAGGGGACCACACACUGUUAUAAUGGCCUCCUCAGGCUCAGGGGAGGAGGCAUCAUCUCCAAUCUGAGAGUCCAGGGAUGCAUGCCCCAGCCAAGUUGCAACCUGCUCAAUGGGACGCAGGAAAUUGGGCCCCUGCGGGUGACUGAGAACUGCAAUACCAAAGAUUUUCUGACCUGUCAUCGAGGGAACUCUUUGCAGAAGCAGGAAAACUUGACUCAAGUACCCAUUGGAUGGACCAUAUCUAAUACCGUGAUAUGCGAGGCGGGCCAGGUGUGUCAGGAGACGCUGCUGCUCAUAGAUGUAGGAGUCACAUCGACCCUGGUGUGGAGCAAAGGCUGCAGCGCUGUUGGGGCUCAAAAUUCCCAGAAGACCUCCAUCCACUCAACCCCUCCUGGGGUGCUCGUGGCCUCCUAUGCCCACUUCUGCUCCUCAGACCUGUGCAAUGGUGCCAACAGCAGCAGCGUCCUGCUGAACUCUCUCCCUCCUCAAGGUGCCCCUGAGCCAGGAGACCACCAGUGUCUUACCUGUGCGCAGCCCUUUGGAACCUGCUCAAGUGACUCUCCAGUAAAGACCUGCCCCAGGGGCACCACUCAUUGUUAUGAUGGGUACAUUAGUCUCUCAGGAGGUGGGGUGACCACCACAAUGGGCAUUCAGGGCUGUGUGGCCCAACCUUCCAGCUCCUUGUUGAACCACGCCAGACAAAUCGGGAUCUUCUCUGUGCGUGAGAAGGGUGAAGAUGAGAGAGGUGGGGCUGGCACUGGCCCUGGCACUGUGGUGGGGGGUCUUUGCCCUUCCUGCUAACUCCAUUGCCCCCACGAUUCUUCACCCCUGCUGACCACCACACUCAACCGUCCCUCUGACCUCGUAACCUAAUGGUCUUGGACACCAAAUUCUUUUCCCAUCCUGCCCAUGAAUUAUCUUCCCCACACACAAUCAUUCAUGUCUACUCACCUAAUAGCGACACUGGGGAGAGCCUGGAGCAGCUGCACUUGCCCUAUGGGAGAGGGGACGUUGGAGGAGUGGCUGCAUGUAUCUGAAUAAUAAAGACCUUGUCCUUUCUCCCA